AUGCUGUACCCUGGAUCGGUUUCCCUCCUGCAGAAAGCCAUGAUGCCCAUGCUGAACCAGGGGCAGGCACGCCUGGUGGAGGAGGCGAGUGAAACCAAGCCAUUCGCUGACACCUGUGAGAACUGCAUCUCGUCGGGCAGCCCCUCGGAAGAGGACAAAGGGCUGACGAGCUCAGAUCUGGAGCAGUUUGCCAAAGAGUUGAAGCACAAGAGAAUUACACUGGGAUUCACACAAGCUGAUGUGGGACUGGCGCUGGGUGUGCUUUAUGGAAAGAUGUUCAGCCAGACAACAAUCUGCAGGUUUGAGGCCCUGCAGCUGAGCUUCAAGAACAUGUGCAAGCUGAGGCCGCUGCUGGAGCGUUGGCUGAGAGAGGUGGACACCAACGAGAACCUUCAGGAGUUGUGUAAUCUGGAGCAGGCUGCUAUCCAGGCUCGCAAACGAAAAAGGACGAGCAUCGAGAACAAUGUGAAGGGGACGCUGGAGUCAUAUUUCGACAAGUGUCCCAAGCCCUCUGCACCAGAGAUAGUACAGAUCGCAGACGACCUCAAUCUGGAGAAGGAUGUGGUGCGUGUUUGGUUCUGCAACCGAAGACAAAAAGGCAAACGAAACGCCUUCCCAGGGAUUGAGGACUACGGUAGCGGUACUGUGCAGUACAGUGGUAUCCCCACCAUGGCCCUCCACAAUCCCAUGAUGCCUCAGGGCUACGGCUCAUCCUUCGCUACCACUCUCUAUGUCCCCCAGUUCCAUGAAGCUCUCAAAGUGAAGGUCACUUUAUAA